AAAAAGUUAUAAAUGAUUUAAUUGUAACACUAUUUGAAUGCAAUUUCUGCUAAAAAGUGUUUAAAUAGAAGAAUGUGUGAAAUAAUAGCAAAACAUUUUCAAAGUGUUAGGCAUUAGUCGUGUCGACAGAAGAGCGCAAAAGCCAUCGAUUUGUAUGAAAAGUGUGUCAAAAGAGACUUGUUUUCAAUGAAACCAAUGUUUUUCUCAAUGGUUUGCCUUAUUUUUAGGACACAUUUCGCUCACAACUGUCUCUCAUCUGCCGAUUAUCUGACAAUUGAUUCAACGAUUAACCGAUCAGAUGGACGACAACUCAUCCGGAAGUGAUGUCUUGUAUUCAUCGCAGUUAUUACAGACUCUAGACUACAGUAACGCCGUUACCUCUCCGUCAAAGUUAGCCAAACAUCUCGUAUUAAGACCUCUUCGUUGCGAUGACUAUAGCCGAGGAUUUCUUGAUCUAUUGUCUCAGUUGACACAAGUCGGAGACAUCGAUGAGAAACUAUUCAAUGAGCGUUUCAAACAAAUGAAAAAUAACGGCAAUUAUUACGUGACAGUUGUUGAAGACGUGACCACUUCUCGGGUCAUAUGUUCGGCCACUUUGUUCACUGAAUACAAGUUCAUACACAACGCGGCGAUGAGGGGUCGUAUUGAAGAUGUUGUGGUCGACGGUGAAUAUCGUGGCCACGGAUUGGGUCUUCUGAUUAUCGAGACACUCAAACUGAUGGCCCGGUCUUUGGAUUGUUAUAAAUUGACACUCGAUUGUAGGGAUGAGAUGAUUGAGUGGUACUCAAGACUCGGCUUUAUAGCUGUUCCCACCCGUAGUAAUAUGUUGACCAUUCGGUUCGACGAUUGACCACUACUUAACACAAUUACAAGUAUUUAAUGGCUUUUACUAUAUAUGAAAUCAAAGUUCAAAACUAUUUGACAAUUUUUUAAUACAAUUAAUUUUAAUAACUGUUAGAUUUGUUGAAAUGAUUGUAAUUAUAAUGUAUUUUAUUAUUAAUUUUAAAAA